UCUGGUUUUCCAGCAAUUCUGCAAAAAAAACAUAAAACAUCAUUCAAUGUGUAUAGCCCCCAAUUUCCUUUAAUUACUUCUCGCGGCUUAUUACCGCACACACACAUACCCACAUACACAGAGAGCACUAACCACCGGUAGAACGUUUCACCCAAAACAACAACAACAGUGCCGGUGCCGGGCAAGGGGGCAGUUCGCCACACGUAACACCACGAGAAAGACAGACGUUUCGAAUAAUAAUAGCUAGGCAUUUAUUUGAACAUAGCGGGGCGUUAUUCAGUCGCGUUUUGAUCGAGCGUACGACCGGGUGAGCAACGAAAAGCGUCAGAAUGGCCCUCGAAGGAGCAUACUUCACACAUUCGGACGGAUUGUAUGAAGCGGCGGAGCGAAGAAAGGCCCCCAGAUGUGUGGAUAGCGGCAAGCGGCUGCAGAAGAAAGCUAAAUUCAUCCUGCUGGAGUUAAUUCCCAUGGUAAUAAAGCUAGUGAUAGUGGCGCUGCCUGGUCUAUUGCGUGACCUACUCAGGACGAUUCUACCGGCGCGACACAAAUCUAUUGCGAACCAAGUGGCACUAGUGACGGGCGGGGGAAAUGGUCUGGGGCGUGCUUUGUGUCUGCGAUUGGCGCAGGACGGUUGUUCCGUAGCGGUGGCUGAUAUUGACCUAGUGAGUGCACAGAAGACCGCCGAGGAAAUUCGGCAACGUUUUGGCAAACCGGUGGAUGCGUUCCGUGUGGACGUGGGAGAUUACGGUUCGGUGCAGCAGCUGCGGAAAGACGUCGAACGCUCGCUGGGACCGGUUGACAUACUGGUCAACAAUGCUGGGCUGCUGGCUAUGCUGUCUCUUUCUGAGGGUAAAGCAGAAGACAUUCGGAGGAUCAUCGAUGUGAACCUAAUGGCGCACUUCUGGACGAUUCGCGAAUUUAAAGAAGGAAUGGUCGAGAGAGGACGGGGUCACAUCGUUGCAAUCUGCUCGAUGUUUGGAAUCAUACCCUGCGGUAGAACGAUAAGCUACACCACGACGAAAUUCGGAGUGAAAGGUCUGAUGGCAGCACUGAAGGAGGAAAUCUACAUGGAUGACUUAUCAGACUGCAUACAUACCACCUGUGUUUACCCUGCUGGAGUCGCUACGCGGAAGGAAUUCGUCGACUUCGUACAAAGUCUAAGUAAGAUAAAGAUUCCGUGGAAUUCGCCGGAAAGCGUAGCUAACAUGGUUGUGGAUGCUGUUCGAGCUAACAAGGCCGAAAUUGUGCCGAGCCAUUUUAUGAUCAAAUUGCUGACGACAGUUUUCCCCCUCAUCCCAACAGCGUUAGUUCAUUCUACCGUCGAUGUCUGCCUGGGGACAGUACCGAAACUUACCAAAUAGGUCUAAAGUCAUCAGCUGUUUUACCUGACCCAAAGGAAACUUGUAACAUUUCUGUUUUUUCAAUUCGCAUCCGCAGCUGCAGUGCAGCAGUACCUCUCUCAACUCUAUAAUUUCGUCGUCACGCAAUGCAAUGCAUUUUCGCAACAACCUGGAACGCUAUGAAUAAUGAUCAAGUUGCGUGACAGGGUGGAUGUGUUGCAUUACUGCAUCUGAUUGUACGCUUAAACUAGCCAUUAUCUCAACGCCAACGAUAAGUGGAAUAUCAUCCGUGCAUUAGAGUGUCAUUUAAUGCUAGUUAACGGUAUGCGUUUCCAUGAAAUUCAAAGCUAGUUUGUUUAUCGGUUCAGUUAUCGAGUACAUUGACUUGCGAAUUACAAUAAAUAAACUUACAUGGGGGAUGUGGGUCA